UUGGUUGUAUUAAUAAUACUGUCAUUAGUAUUAUACCAACAGUUGAUCUCUUCAUUCCUAUUGAUGUACAGAAAAAUGGCAGUGAUGAUAUAUUAGUAACUAAAGGUAACUCUCAUACUAUUACACUACAUGAGGGACAGACUCUAUUGCUGGGUAAAGGGAAUGGAAGUGAUAUAUCAGGAACACACUUUAUUUCUAAUAAACCACUGACUGUUAUUACUGGUCACCAGUGUGGCAGUACUCCUUAUUUGAUAGAAAUGCCUUAUUGUCAUAGAAUGCAGUUACAAGUUCCUCCAACAAUAACUUGGGGUAAAAGGUUCAUUCUGACAAAUUUUAUCAACCCUAAUUUUGACAGCACGUAUUCUUCUAUUGUGAAGACAGUCACUUCACAAGCCAACACUAGUGUAACAAUAUACUGUGAUGGAACCAGUAACACUACAAGAUACUUUACUAAUGGUGCAAUUGGUACUUAUCAGUAUAACAUAACUAAAUAUUGUUCUGUGGAAGCUGAUUAUCCAAUAUUUAUUGUCUUGUUCCCUCAUUUAUACUUCUAUUAUUUCCCUACUAUGGUAUUGAUACCACCAAUGGAACAAUAUCUACAAAAAAUUGAAUUCGAUUAUUAUAAAUAUUUUGGGUUUUAUCAUUCACAUAAGCUACUUAUUACAGCAUCAGUUGAAGGAUUCUCUCCAACAGCUAUUCUACAUAAUGGACUAGCAACAGUAAACUGGACAGCAAUAUAUGAUUCUAAAAGGAAUAUUGUAGCAUACGGAACUGAAAUUGAAAUUAAUGGAUAUUUUAGUAAUCAUUCAGUAAUUCAUACUGGUAGAAACGGGAAACUAUCAGUUCAAGUUCAGGGAUAUUACUAUGAUUAUUAUAUUUAUGGAAGGCCAGCAGUAGUUUUAUUAGAACCAAAUGUGAUUCCAGUUUGUAAUUUUUCUUGUGGUAAUGGUAUCUGUGUUGCUAAUAACUUGUGUCAAUGCUUUGAUGGUUGGACUGGUGAUCAGUGUGAUGAAGUAUUAUGUAGCCCAGUAUGUGGUAAUGGAUAUUGUGUACCAACUAACAGUUGUGUAUGUAAUCCUGGCUGGACUGGAGACAGGUGUAGAAUUGACGUUAAUGAAUGCAAUAGUAACGUGUGUAAUCAAGUAUGUAUCAAUACUCAAGGAUCAUAUACUUGUGAUUGUAACAUUGGAUAUCAAUUUAUGAAUGACAAUUCAACCUGUGAAGAUAUUAACGAAUGCGAGACUAUUGAUCACAAUUGUACACAAACUUGCAGUAAUACA